CACACCUGCCCGCACCCCGGCUGCAACCGCCAAUUCUCCCGCCGCUUCAAUCUCCAAUCCCACGUCGAGAUCCACGACCCCAACCGCGCCCGCGCCUACGACUGUCCAACCUGCCCCCGCAAGUUCUUCAAGCACCAUGACCUCGCUCGCCACCUCGUCACGCACGCCCAGGAGAAGCGGUUCGUGUGCAAUGACUGUGGGAAGCGGUACUCAAGGGUGGAUGCGCUUAAGCGGCACAUAGUUAGCAAGGGAUGUAAUGUCGACAUGUGA